AUGUGGCGAAGUACCACGGUCUCGCAAAACCUGGGUGGAGAUCGGACCCACACCCCCUGGCGCAAGAGGCACUACUCCCCACGCCAAUUGGGUCUCCCCACGUCAAAACGGGCAAAACAAAUCCGGAAUAGAAAGGAGGGACCCAGACUCGCGGCCUCGAAUAUAUUGAGCAAAGUCGACCGCUGCAUCGGACCGUCAUCGACA